UGCAACUAUUAUAUUAAUCUGUAGUAUGUGCUGAGCUGAAAAUAUUGAGAAGUUCUAUUGAUUUAAAGUAGGGCCUACAAGCAUAUAUAAAUGGCUGCGGCUUCGAGAAAAUCGCUUGGACAGCUAAUUCAACAGGGAUGGAACGAGAUCCCUGAAAUUUUUGCCUCAACAGGCUUAGGUCUUGUUGGUAUUGGUCUGGGUGUUCUUGGAGCAUACAAUUACGUGAAGAACGAUGGUGACAAUAGAAGGUACAAGGGUACCUAUGUGGUGAUGAGGCCGGACGACCCAAGAGUGAAGCUUAUACGCAAGGAGUAAACCUGAAACUAAAUAUAUUGCCUGUGUUGUUUGUUCUUAGAUCCAAAUAUUAUGUAAUAUAGGUCUGUUUAAUGAAAA